AUGACUUUGACUGAGAAGAAACGACGGCGCCGAACCGGCUGUCUGACCUGUCGUACUCGCCGCGUCAAAUGCGAUGAAGGCAAGCCAACCUGCGAGCGCUGCAAUGCGGCGAACAUCGAGUGCGUUGGAUACGAAGAGAAGCGCCACGUGGAAAUACGACGGCCCCAACGACCAAGUGCCGCGAGGCCUGUAGCAGACAAUCUUGUAGACAAGUCCCCGGCACCCAGCACAAGCACAAGUACACCUCACUCAGAAUCCCUUCCAAGUCCGCACCUGCGAUCAGACGGACUCCCACUCGUGGCUCUGCCGAGCAAUCCUCUCCCCAUCCAACGACCACACAACCGAGCUCGAGACAUUCUUGCCUAUCAUCAGUUUUUGUUCAGGACAUUGCCACUUCUUUUUCGGCCGGACGAGCUUCAUUUCUGGAGGGACAGGAUUUGCCAAGAAGCCUGGGAAAACGAGUUUCUCUACGAUACAAUUAUGGCCAUUGGAGGGGCCCACAGGGCUAUCUUGAUGAUGUCGUCAACGAAUGAAACUGACCGUGAGGGUGGCGUGGACAACAAGGUGACCGCUGUUCAGGCCUACACCAAAGCUUUGCAAGGUUUAUCUGCUCAUCUGGAACAAGAGGCUGGGAGAUCACCGGAGUUAUUUAUUGGCGCCCUACUUCUGCUCACCUGGUUUGAGUGUUUGCCGGGCAAUUUCCCCGCUGCCCUCAGACAUGCCUAUGUUGCAUCUCGCUAUUUCCUAUUUAUGCAGGGAGAGGAGAACCAGCAGGGACAGCCGCAUAUGGUCACGAUCGGUUCGAAUAUCCGAAACCUUGCACAGAUGUUUCGGAUUCUUCUUCCCUUCCCGAACCUACGGCUGCCCGUUCCCCAAUCUCGCAGCCCGAGCCCAGCACUGAGUGUGCUGACCCCGUCCUCGACGAGUACCGCCAAUACCACAAUGCCACCAUCGCUAAUGCUUCAGCGUCUGCUUGACUUAGUUGGAGACAGCCCAGACAUCGAGGAUCUGAUCUGGAAUCCACUGACCUCACAUCAGCGCCUGGUCUCGCCAGACAAGAUAUUCACCUUCCAGGCAGAGCUCAGAGAUUGGAAAAACAACAAUGGACGGGAUCUUCCCCAGUUCGAGUCCGAAGCUACCGUCUCAACCCUCUCUCAUUUCACGUGGAAAGUCAUAGAUGAAUUAGCAAUCCCACCGAAACCAUCGUCUCCACUCUCACCACAGACCUCUAUUGUCGCCGCCUUGUACAAUUUCUACAUGGCGAGGACAAUGUGGGCCUUGAGCCUGCUCGAACACGACUCUGACAGAUACGAAAUCUAUGCAUACCUGUACUUUUAUGAAGUCAUGCAAUUGGCUGGUUCGCUCAUUGAAGCACAGGGAGCACCCAACGCAAGGAUUAAUUCCUACGUCCCUCGCGAAACCUUGGGAAUAGGCUUCAUACCUAUGCUGUAUUUCACUGGACAGUGCAGCCCGAGACCAAGCUGGCUUAGGUGGACCAUGGAAAGGCUCAACCGAAUUGGACAGGAAGGUCUCUUCCGUGGUCAAGACUUUGCUAAAAGCUUGAACGGGCUGUUCACGUUUGAGAUGUGCAACAGCAUCGAAUCGCCAUUGCUGCUGGACCGCUUCCCUUCCCCCGCAGCACGAGUAAUUGUUGUGCUUGUCCCCGCCGAGGAUGGUCGACAUUUCGCCGCCUACUAUGCUAGCCCGGACCCCAAAAAUCAUGGAACAGGCGACGACUUCUUAUAUUAUCAUCCGAUUGGGCAUGCUCACUGGUCUAGUGUUCUAGGAGAUGAAUUGGCCAAACCGGACGUAGAGUUUUACAAAUCGGAGCAAACCCCGACGACUCGCUUCGACGCCGAGUGGUUACUGAAUCAGCAGGAAUCCCAAGACUGGAUCACCUGGUCAAGCCUAAUGGACUUUAAUAUUGACCUUCUCUUGCGCGACCAUGUCAGUGGUUGUCAUCUCUGGCCCGGUGGGGAUUUCGGGGCAAUAUUCAGGUUCGCCUCAGGCGGAUGA